AGGAGGGGGAGGAAGAGGAGAAAGGCGCAGGGGUGGGAGCUGUUGCCGAAGCUGCCACAGCAAAAGUUCUCUCCCCUCCCCCCUUCCCCUCCUCUCAAGGCCCCUAGAAAGGUUGGAGCUGCCGCCGCUUGCAGUCGGUGACCGCGCGACUCGGCGCCCGCCCGCGGACUUGGAUGGCAUAAGUGAUUAAAGUGGUGUUGAGGGUCUCUGAAGCUUACGAAAGAUAGAAACUCAACCAUGAUUUCUUUUUCAACUCUACAGCAUUCCCUUCCUUGAAGUCUUCAUUUUUACCUUAGUCUCAGGCAGUUAUACUUAAGCAUGAACAUUGACGACAAACUGGAAGGAUUAUUUCUUAAAUGUGGCGGCAUAGACGAAAUGCAGUCUUCCAGGGCAAUGGUUGUAAUGGGUGGAGUGUCUGGCCAGUCUACCGUGUCUGGGGAACUGCAGGAGUCGGUACUUCAAGACCGGAGUAUGCCUCACCAGGAGAUCCUUGCUGCAGAUGAAGUGUUACAAGAAAGUGAAAUGAGACAACAGGAUAUGAUAUCACAUGAUGAACUCAUGGUCCAUGAGGAGACAGUAAAAAAUGAUGAAGAGCAGAUGGAAACACAUGAAAGACUUCCUCAAGGACUACAGUAUGCACUUAAUGUCCCUAUAAGUGUAAAGCAGGAAAUUACUUUUACUGAUGUAUCUGAGCAACUGAUGAGAGACAAAAAACAAAUCAGAGAGCCAGUAGACUUACAGAAAAAGAAGAAACGGAAACAACGUUCUCCUGCAAAAAUCCUUACAAUAAAUGAGGAUGGAUCACUUGGUUUGAAAACCCCUAAAUCUCACGUUUGUGAGCACUGCAAUGCUGCCUUUAGAACGAACUAUCACUUACAGAGACAUGUCUUCAUUCAUACAGGCGAAAAACCAUUUCAAUGUAGUCAAUGUGACAUGCGUUUCAUACAGAAGUACCUGCUACAGAGACAUGAGAAGAUUCAUACUGGUGAAAAACCAUUUCGCUGUGAUGAAUGUGGUAUGAGAUUCAUACAAAAAUACCACAUGGAAAGGCAUAAGAGAACUCAUAGUGGAGAAAAACCUUACCAGUGUGAAUACUGUUUACAGUAUUUUUCCAGAACAGAUCGUGUAUUGAAACAUAAACGUAUGUGCCAUGAAAAUCAUGACAAAAAACUAAACAGAUGUGCCAUCAAAGGUGGCCUUCUGACAUCUGAGGAAGAUUCUGGCUUUUCUACAUCACCAAAAGAUAGCUCACUGCCAAAAAAGAAAAGGCAGAAAACUGAGAAAAAAUCAUCUGGGAUGGACAAAGAGAGUGCUUUGGACAAAUCUGACCUGAAGAAAGACAAAAAUGAUUACUUGCCUCUUUAUUCUUCAAGUACUAAAGUAAAAGAUGAGUAUAUGGUAGCGGAGUAUGCUGUUGAAAUGCCACAUUCGUCAGUUGGGGGAUCGCAUUUAGAAGAUGCAUCAGGAGAAAUACAUCCACCUAAGUUGGUUCUCAAAAAAAUUAACAGUAAGAGAAGUCUGAAACAGCCACUGGAGCAAAAUCAAACAAUUUCGCCUUUAUCCACAUAUGAAGAGAGCAAAGUUUCAAAGUAUGCUUUUGAACUUGUGGAUAAACAAGCUUUACUGGACUCAGAAGGCAAUGCUGACAUCGAUCAGGUUGAUAAUUUGCAGGAGGGGCCCAGUAAACCUGUGCACAGUAGCACUAAUUAUGAUGAUGCCAUGCAGUUUUUGAAGAAGAAGCGGUAUCUUCAAGCAGCAAGUAACAAUAGUAGGGAAUAUGCGCUGAAUGUGGGUACCAUAGCUUCUCAGCCUUCUGUGACACAAGCGGCUGUGGCAAGUGUCAUUGAUGAAAGUACCACAGCGUCCAUACUAGAUUCACAGGCAUUGAAUGUGGAGAUUAAGAGUAACCACGACAAAAAUGUUAUUCCAGAUGAGGUACUGCAGACUCUCUUGGAUCAUUACUCCCAUAAAGCUAAUGGACAGCAUGAGAUAUCGUUCAGUGUUGCGGACACUGAGGUGACUUCUAGCAUAUCAAUAAAUUCUUCAGAAGUACCCGAGGUCACCCAGGCAGAGAAUGUUGGAUCAAGCUCCCAAGCAUCCUCAUCAGAUAAAGCCAACAUGUUGCAGGAAUACUCAAAGUUUCUGCAGCAGGCUUUGGACAGAACUAGCCAAAAUGAUGCCUAUUUGAAUAGCCCGAGCCUUAACUUUGUGACUGAUAACCAGACCCUUCCAAAUCAGCCAGCAUUCUCUUCCAUAGACAAGCAAGUCUAUGCAGCCAUGCCCAUCAACAGCUUUCGAUCAGGAAUGAAUUCUCCACUAAGAACAACUCCAGAUAAGUCCCACUUUGGACUAAUAGUUGGUGAUUCACAGCACUCGUUUCCCUUUUCAGGUGAUGAGACAAACCAUGCUUCUGCCACGUCAACACAGGACUUUUUGGAUCAAGUGACUUCUCAGAAAAAAGCUGAGGCUCAGCCUGUCCACCAAGCUUACCAAAUGAGCUCCUUCGAACAGCCCUUCCGUGCUCCGUAUCAUGGAUCAAGAGCUGGAAUAGCUACUCAGUUUAGCACUGCCAACGGACAGGUGAACCUCCGGGGACCAGGGACAAGUGCUGAAUUUCCAGAAUUCCCCUUGGUGAAUGUAAAUGAUAACAGAGCUGGGAUGACGUCUUCACCUGACGCCACAACCAGCCAGACGUUCGGCUAAGCAGAUGUGUAAAUAAUACUGGCACUUUAGAACAGAUUGAUCAAGAGUGGGGUUACUCUGUGUAAAAUGGAGUGCUGUACAGACUUAAGAGCAAUGCGUUAUAACAAGUUAAGCUGAUAGGAAUAGCACGAUAAUCCAAUAACUGCAUUUUGUUUGGUUAGUCAGCAUUCUUUGAACUGCCUUACAUGUUGUCACCUUUAUAGAAGCAAUGCAUUACUUGUUUUAGAACAGAAACUUGCUAUUCCACCUACACCGAGUUUAAAAGGAAAAAAAAGACUUUGGCACACUCGUUUCCUAACCGAUAACGUUGUACAUUCUGAGGAGAUUAGUAAUUGUGUGAAAUUUACUCAUACUGUUUCUAAGUUUUUCAGCAUAGUCAUUGCACUUCAGCAGGGAAUCUGAGUAUACUUUACAGACAGAGUGAACUUAAAAGUUUAAAUGUCAAGAGAUUAUGGCUUAAAUAAAUUAGUGUGUCCUAUAGGGGGGAAAAAAGAAACCAAGAAACCACCUUUUAAAAAGAAUGAUAUGCCAUAUACCCUUGAUUUUCAUUUCGCAUUAUAUUGACAUGUUUUUUUUUUUUUUGAGAAAAAAAGUAAUAAAAAUCUGAUAGUCUAAGA